UGAUGGCUACAGGGCACAAAUGGCAUCUGAAGCUGUUCAGGUGGUCACGGGUGACCCCAUUGCGGAGUUCGAAAGGCUUCUUCACUUUUGUUCUCCAGUCAUUUGUCAUUCAGACAGUUCAGUAGGCUGUGAAAAUUGCUUUCUGGAUCAGGUUCCCAGUGCUCUAUUGUGCAGACAUGAGACACCAAAUAUGCCAUUGGGAUGUCUGUGGCAGUGGUAUGAGAAACAUGGCAGCUACGGAUUAGAAAUAAGGGCAGAAGAUUAUGGAAAUAGAAAGAGAAUGGGUAUUGAUGAGGUUGAAUUCCGUGCCUACUUUGUGCCAUUCUUGUCAGCAAUUCAACUCUUUAAGAACAGUAAAACUCAUUCCACCCCUGGAGUUUCAGAGGCUUGUGAUACUGAUCCUAUUUCAACAAACUCUACUAAUGUCAGUCAACUUCCAAUAUUAUCAGCUCUUGUCCCACAAUCACAGUCUACAGAACCGAGUAGUCAGUCUCAAGUAAAUGAUAUUAGAUCUGCAGUUUCUCCUAAAGAUGUCAAAUCUGUUGACAUGGAACUAGUUUUUGAAUACUUUGAAUCUGAGAAGCCUCAUCAAAGACGAGCCUUAUAUGAAAAGAUACAAGAACUGGUUAGAGAUGAUGUAUCUCCCAAGUGCAAAAUGUAUGGUGAUCCACUUCAUCUCAACUCCAUAAAUAUGCAUGAUCUGCAUCCUCGAUCUUGGUAUUCUGUUGCGUGGUAUCCUAUAUAUAAAAUUCCAGAUGGAAAUGUCCGUGCAGCAUUUUUGACUUACCAUUCACUUGGCCACUUUGUUCGUAGAAGUUCCAAGUUGGAUGCAUGUGUAGUCUCUCCUGUUGUGGGUCUUAAGAGUUACAAUGCUCAGGGGGAAUGCUGGUUUCGGCCGAGACACUCGUCGAUGAGUAUUACCCAUGAAAACCAGGGUGAAGGGAGCCCUUCUAGAAUACUGAAGGAGAGAUUAAGGAUUCUGGAGGAGACUGCGUCGCUUAUGGCAAGGGCUGUUGUCAACAAGGGAAAUCGGACAUCGGUAAACAGACACCCCGAUUACGAGUUCUUUGUCUCUAGGCAUCGAUAGUCACUCAUGUGCAACUACUCACCAAGUAACCUGUUUCAGCUUGACAAAUAGUUUAGCUUAUAUUCAGGUAGAAGCUAACCUUGAUAGGGACUUC